GCUGGGGCUUUUAGAACUCUCAGCCAUUUGACACAGACUCUAGAUAUUAACAGUCUACAAGAGUGGAUGCCUCAAUGAGAAGGUCUCCAGGAGACAUUAUGGAGUUAACACAAGCUGACAGGCAGCAUUUAGACAAGAGCAAACAAGACACGGGUUCUUUAGGAAACACCGAUGACGGCCUGAAAUAUGAUAGUGGGCGCGUAGCCCAUGACUUCAGCUGCAUCCACAGCAAAGAUCUGUUCCCUGCUGAGGAUGGAGAGGAAGCCACCAAGCACUUCCUGCAGGAGCUGGUGAACAUCUUGCUGGACUACAUCAAUAAAUCCCUCAAACGCAGCUCAAAAGUUCUAGAUUUCCACUAUCCUCACCAGCUUAAGGAAGGUCUGGAGGGAUUCAGCCUAGAGCUCCCUGACCAGCCAGAUAACCUAGAGCAGCUGCUGGUGGACUGCAGAGACACGCUUAAAUAUGGGGUUAAAACAGGUCACCCGAGAUUUUUCAACCAGCUGUCAACUGGACUUGACAUCAUUGGUCUUGCAGGAGAAUGGUUGACGUCCACAGCAAAUACAAACAUGUUCACUUAUGAAAUAUCCCCAGUCUUCAUACUCAUGGAAGAAGUAGUUCUGAGAAAAAUGCAUUCAAUUAUUGGAUGGCCAGAGGAAGAUGGAGAUGGAAUAUUUUGUCCUGGAGGCACCAUGUCCAAUCUGUACAGUGUGUUGUUGGCUAGGUUCCAUCUCUUUCCGGUGGUGAAGACCCAAGGGAUGUCUGCCAUACCUCGCCUGGCACUGUUCACCUCUGCGCACUGUCAUUAUUCAAUCAAGAAGUCUGCAGCAGUUCUCGGCAUCGGCUCUGAAAACGUUAUAGUCGUCAGAUGUGAUGAAAGGGGUAAGAUGAUCUCAUCAGAACUGAACUCCAGCAUCGAGACUGCAAAGUCUAAGGGUCUGGUGCCAUUCUAUGUCAACGCAACGGCAGGAACCACAGUCUACGGAGCCUUUGACCCUCUGAAUGAAAUUGCAGACAUCUGUGAACACCAUGGCCUAUGGAUGCAUGUGGAUGCUGCUUGGGGUGGAGGCUUGCUUCUGUCCAACAAACAUUGUGUGAAACUGCAAGGAAUUGAAAGAGCCCAUUCUGUGACCUGGAACCCACACAAGAUGAUGGGCGUCCCACUGCAAUGCUCAACCAUUCUAGUGAAGAGGAAGGGCCUCCUGCAGGAAUGUAAUCAGCUGUGUGCAGAGUAUCUCUUCCAACCUGACAAGCACUAUGAUGUGUCCUACGACACUGGGGACAAAAGCAUUCAGUGUGGACGGCACGUAGACGUCUUCAAACUGUGGCUCAUGUGGAAGGCAAAGGGUUCUGAGGGUUUUGAAGCACAGAUCAACCACUGCCUGGAAAAUGCAGAGUAUCUUUACUACAAGCUGAAGAGAAGAACAGACUUUCAGUUGGUCUUCAAAGGAAAGCCUGAACACAGUAAUGUCUGCUUUUGGUAUCUCCCAAAACGACUGCAAAGCAUUCUUCCAAGCCCAGAGCGAGACAGAGAACUUCAUAUGGUGGCUCCGAAAAUCAAGACGAAGAUGAUGGAGGAAGGAUUCACAAUGAUUGGCUAUCAACCUCUGGAAGACAAAGUGAAUUUCUUCCGUUGUGUUUUCUCCAACCCAGCCACUCAGAGGGAGGACGUGGACUUUCUAAUAGAUGAAAUCGUUCGUCUGGGCUGUGAACUGUGAAAAUCUUUCUUAUAAUAAUCACAGGAUAAAUAUUUAUUUAUUUAUAGCCUUCUUUCUUCUUACAUCUGAAUCCAGUUACCAGUACAUAUACAUGGCAUUUAUGAGCAAAAUAAUUAGCAAUUAUUAAUAAUUUAUUCUUCAUCUAGGCGAAGUGUGCUAUAUGUGAUCUCCUUUACAAAUCCUGUAGCUUUUGACUAAUGAAUUAAGUUAUAAAUGAGGUUUGAAAGACAUAUUAGUGGAGCCACAUUGACCAAAGGGAAUAGAUGGUCACAUGCUGAUUUUCAUUAAACCAACAUGCUGCUUAGAGAUGAGUCAUUCCUUAUAACGUGACUAAAUGGCACCUGCUCUCUAUCAAGAUCAACAAAUAAAGUGCAUUUUGAAGGAGAAGAAAUCGGGAUUUCUGCUCAUUUGUUUUGCAGUGUACUAGUGCCUCCUGCUGGUAUGAUCUUCUAAUGGUCGGGGCUACUAAAUUGAUAACUUAAUUAUGUGAUUGUGAGAGACUGAACACUGUAGAAGUCACAAAUAUUCGUGCUAACAUCAAAAAAAUAAAAUAAACUUUUUCAGUGCACAAAUCAAUCACAUU